GCGGCGCGUGAGUCGCGGGCCGCGCCGCGCGGCGGCGGCGAGGAGGGCGAGCGCCAGGACCGCCAGGGCCUGGCUGCUCUCUGUGUGGCUGCAGGCUGGAGGCACGCGUUCCGGGCGUGAGCGCUGGCCAAUUGUGGCACGUAUGCGACGAAUGCCAGCCUCUGCGCUAGAUCUUGGCACCCUGCGCGCGCGCACGAGCCCUAAUUGCUGCUCAGUGUGCGCCUCCCUCAGAUGCCUGCUGCAGCGGCCAGCGGUGCGCAAUUAAUCGCAAACUCGAGACAGGGUUGCGUCAGCGCUCGUAUUGGGACACCGCUCGCGGUGACACGCCAGCUCACGGGCUCUCGAGCCGCGUGCGGUGCACCAAAGGACGCUACUCAGGCGCUGCUAUUGCUCACGCCUAACUCGCGCGACGCCGCCGGACGUAUCGAUGCGCCUCGUCGCGACGGCGCUGGCCGCGAGCGCGCUGCGGCCGACGCCGACGCUGCAGCCACAAGCGUCGGGCCUCUACGCGCACCUGCCCUUUUGCCGGCGGCGGUGCUUCUACUGCGACUUUCCAGUGGUGGUCGCCGGCGACGCCGUGAAGGAGGACCGCGUCGCGCACUAUGUCUCAUUGCUCGAGCGGGAACUAUCAAAGCAACCACGGUCCUCAAAACCACUCGCAACAGUUUACCUCGGGGGCGGCACUCCGUCUCUGGUAGAACCGCGGUUCAUCAAGCAAUUGCUCGAUGCGAUUGAUGCGAAGCACGGCAUCUCUAGUAAAGCGGAAAUUACAUUAGAAUGCGACCCGGGCACGUUUGAUGCGGCCAAACUACAAAAAUAUGUGGACGCCGGCGUUACACGCGUCUCAUUGGGUUGCCAAUCGUUCGACGAUGAAGCGCUGGAGGCGGCGGGCCGGGCGCAUCGGAGGCAGGACGCUCUCGAUGCUGUGCAGGCGGUGAAGCGUGUUGGUCCUAGACAUGGCUGGAGCCUGGAUCUGAUUUCCGGGCUGCCCGGGACGACACCAGAAGGUUGGAUGGAGACGUUGCACGAGGCUCAUUCCUUAAAUCCGCCCCACGUCUCGUCCUACGACCUGCAGGUCGAGGAGGGCACGGCGUUCGGGAAGUGGUACAGUGAUGGCGAAUCAAAUGGCCGGCCACCUUUACCACAAGACGAAGAAUCGGCGGACGCCUACCGCGUUGCUUCCUCAUUCUGGCGCUCGCGUGGGUAUCUCCACUACGAGGUGUCGUCCUACGCUCGCACUGAAGGUGAAAAAUCACGACAUAAUUCGGCUUAUUGGAAGCCGCGGGCGUCGUGGCUUGGUUUAGGGCUCGGCGCGGCCUCGUCGGAGCAAGGCGCCCGGUUCUCGAGACCUCGCAAAAUGAAGGAUUAUGAAGCGUGGGUCGCGGACGGUGCUAUCGUACCUGAGUCGUCGCCUCCACACGGUGCCGACGCGCUCGAGGACGAGCUGCUGACAUCGUUGAGGACGGCGGCGGGCAUCGACCUGACGCGUGUUCGUGACGUCUACAGUUCGGAAUAUGAGCGGGCCGUGCGCCGCGGGGCGCAAGAAGCGAUCGAGUUGGGCCUCGCGGUCGUCGAGGGAGAGGUGCUGAAGCUGACGGACCCGGACGGGUUCCUGUUCUCGAACUACGCGCUUGCCGCUGUUUUUGGAGAGGUGGGGGAUGUGUGUGUGUAACUUUUUGUGUUU